AUGAGGGGAAAAUCUUCUUCAUCAAAGUCCAAAAUUGUUGGGCUAGGGCCCGGAAUGCAGAGAGAGCCUCACGUGUCGGACGCUUGCAUUCGCGACCUUGUCAAACAGCUAUCCUCUGCAAGAACCAGAGACUCCUCGAGUUUCGACAGCAAUGGAAAUAUAGAUGGAGCAAGUGCAUUUUCUGACCAAAAACCUGGAAAUUCCAGUCAAGUCAUUCAGCAGCAACAUAAAAAAGCCAGACGAAGGCUCCACACCAGCCGGCCUUACCAAGAAAGGAUGCUAAACAUGGCCGAGGCCCGCCGGGAAAUCGUCACUGCCCUUAAGUUUCACCGGGCUGCCAUGAAACAAGCCAACGACAAACAGCAGCAGCAACAAUCAGGCCAGGGGCCCGAAAAUCCGCCUUUUGGGCCCACAUCCCAUGAUCUCUCUUUAGAAGAGGAAAAGACCAGUUCGAUUUUCGGAAGAAAUCCACUACAAUUACAUUCUUCGAAUUCCUCCUUUCAUAAUAAUCAUCACCCGCCUAAUUACAACUAUCCAGAAAAUUUAUCAUGCUCUCAAGGCCUCUGUUCCCCAUACUCUUGUCCUGUGCCUGUCCUGGAAAACCUCGACUUUGCACUCCCCAGUCAGACCCUCGGCCUCAACCUCAAUCUUCAAGAUUUCAAUUAUCUUUGCACCGAAAAUCCUUCAUCAAUUUACUCGUUAUCUUCUGCAUCAACCUCUUCCUCUUCUUGCUCUGUUGCCAUUGAGAAAAUUCCAUCCGUGGUUGUUGCUGAUGUGGCGGAACUCGGUGAUUCUGGGCUGCAUCAUACGAUGGACGAUAAGUUGUUGGCUGAGAUGAGAUCGAUAGGGGAGCAGUACCAGAUGGAGUGGAAUGACACCUUGAGCCUGGUGAACUCAGCUUGGUGGUUCGAGUUCUUGAAGUCAAUGGAUGUGUCAUCCGAGGACAAGAAAGGGGAGGAUUUUGUGAACUGUGUGUUUAACAAAGCCGUGGAGUUCCCUGCUUGGCUGAACACGACUGAGCCGCAUGUUGAUGAGACGUGCUCAUGGAACUACUUUGAAGAUUCUAAUUUGCCGUGCAUGGACAUAGAAGAAAUCGAUGGUAUGGACGGCGACUGGUUAGCCUGA